AUGCUCUUCAAGCGCCUUUUGCCUGCUGCCAGAGUCAUUGGUGUCAGAUGGAACAGUGGCUCGAAAAAGGGAAUCUUUUCCGAGAUCCUUGAUUCCGUCAGAAAUGAAGUGUCAAAAGAUGACGAGCUUCAAGCCUCCCUCACAAGGAUGGAGGCACGUUUGACAGACGUCAAGCAAAAUCCGGCAUUGAGGGCCGUUAAGGAUGCCACCAAAACCCUUCUCUCGAAAAACGCGCAUCUUGUAAAUGAACUCUCCCGUCUUCAAAAGAAGGGAGACGAGCUCAUUAUUAGCAGGCUUGGCCGGCGACGGGCAAAAAAGAGCACCUUGGGCGCUAGCCCUUCCACACCCCCCGCCUCGAUGGCUAGCAAAGUUUUGGACGCCACAAGAGAAACCGUUUCAGAAUCCAAAAUCAUCAAAAAUUUCAGCCGUUCCGUCAGCAGCGUCCAAUCGACACUGGUUGAUGAAACGGACUCUUAUCUUUAUGGCGGGUUUUCUCAUCGCGAACUGCGUCGCCAUGCCGUAGCAAAAAGGAAGAGCCCCAAUUCUGCGGGCUCUAAACUGCCAAUAGUGGAGGAGAAUCCAGAUGCUGGUACAGCUCUUUCUAUAUCUGAACAGGUGUCGACCAUCAAGGGGCGCGUCUCCAACGCACUUUCCACGGCUUGGAGCAACCUUUGCCAACAAAAUCCGGUCAUCAAAAAGGCCUUUGAAGUACGCCGCUCGUAUGAGGAAUCGAACAAUAUUUUUGUUUUCCUUGCUCGCUCGCUCACGUCAACGGUGUCCAGCCCCUUCAAGUCUUUCCUGUUCAAAGAGUCUGAAACGGCCCAGGUUGUAAAAGAGAUUCGGCAAAUGGAUCCUUCCUUUUCAGUGGAGAGCUUUCUUGCGGAGGCAACCAAGGUUAUCAUUCCCGAUAUCUUAGAGGCAAUAAUUUUACUGGACCGGCCUGCCCUGAAGUCUUGGUGUUCAGAAUCCCUUUUUGCGGCCCUUUCUGCAACGCUGUCUCCUCACCUGAUUGGGGAGGGCCAAAUUUUAGAUCUCAGACACGUAGAUCUGGUUACGGCGAAAAUCUCCAAUGACCUUCCCAUUUUGGUUGUUUCCUUUUCCACGCAGCAGAUAUCUUGCAUAAAAAACUCGAUUACUGGAGAAGUUUCUCGAGGUUCCCUAGAUUCGAUCGAGUCCGUGUUUUACAUGUGGGCCCUCGCAAAGACCCCAGAUGUUGAUCCACUGACCGGCGGGUGGAGGCUGAUUGAGAUGAGCGCCAGGGAUGCCCGCUCUGGAUUCUGA